AGGGAGCUCCUGCCAGGCAACUGUCUCCUCCUCUUCCAACUGGGGGCAAAGGGCAGCAGGCAGUUUGGAUUGGGACGCGGCAGCUGCAGACACCAGCCAUGGCGGUGGCCGAAUUUGAGUCGCUGGAGCAGUGCUUGGAGAAGCAUCUGCCACUCGCAGACCUGCGGGAGGUCAAACGCAUCCUCUAUGGCAAGGAGACCAGGGAGCUUAACCUGCCCAGAGGUGCUUUUGAAGCCGCCACCAAGGGGGACUUCGAGCUGCUGGGCUGUGCCUUUGAGGCCGUAGAGGAGCAGCAGAGGCGGCCCCGGACUGUGCGUGUGGGGCUUGUUCAGAACAGAACCCCCCUCCCCGCGGACACUCCUGUGGUGAAACAGGUCACUGCCCUUCACAGACGUAUCGCGGCCAUUGCAGAGGUGGCUGCCAUGUGUGGAGUCAACAUCAUCUGUUUCCAGGAGGCAUGGACCAUGCCCUUUGCUUUCUGUACGAGAGAGAAGCUCCCGUGGACAGAAUUUGCUGAGUCUGCAGAGGACGGACCAACCACCAGAUUCUGUCAAGAGCUGGCGCGGAAGCAUGGCAUGGUAGUGGUGUCCCCCAUCCUGGAGCGUGACGUGGAGCACGGGGACGUCUUGUGGAACACAGCCGUGGUGAUCUCCAACUCGGGAAAGGUCCUGGGGAAGACAAGGAAAAACCACAUCCCCAGAGUGGGUGAUUUCAACGAGUCCACUUACUACAUGGAGGGAAACCUGGGCCACCCCGUGUUCCAGACCCCAUUCGGGAGGAUCGCCGUAAACAUCUGCUAUGGGCGGCACCACCCCCUCAACUGGCUCAUGUUCAGCAUCAACGGGGCCGAGAUCAUUUUCAACCCCUCAGCCACCAUUGGGGUGCUCAGUGAGUCCCUGUGGCCAAUCGAGGCCAGAAAUGCAGCCAUUGCCAAUCACUGCUUCACCUGCGCCAUCAACCGUGUGGGCGAGGAGCACUUUCCCAAUGAGUUCACCUCUGGAGAUGGGAAGAAAGCUCACCAGGACUUCGGCUACUUUUAUGGCUCGAGCUAUGUGGCAGCCCCUGACGGCAGCCGCACCCCCGGGCUCCCGCGUAACCGGGAUGGGCUGCUGGUUGCUGAGCUCGACCUCAACCUCUGCCGGCAGACAAGUGACAUCUGGGGCUUCAAGAUGACGGGCAGAUACGAGAUGUACGCUCAGGAGCUCGCCGAAGCUGUCAAGCCCAACUACAGCCCCAAUAUCGUGAAAGAGUAGCAGGCUCAGCCCCUGCCCACCAAGAAGGGCACCUCUGCCCACAGCAGAUCAGCAAGUACUCCAGGCCCUGCAUGUCCACAUUCUCCCAGCAGAUGCCUGAUAAUGCUGUGGUCCAGAGUGGUUUAAAAGUGCCUGGAUGGGGAGGGUUGAAUGAGAAGCGAUGCUCUAAUAGGUACAAGAUUUCCUUCUUGGGGGGGGGGGGAUGAAAAUGUCUGGGGACUGGAUAGAGGUGAUGGUUUCACAACAUUGUGAAUGGGCCAAAUCCACUGAAUUGUUCACUUUAAAAUGGUUAAAGGACUUCCCUGGUGGCUCAGGUUAAAGAUCUGGCAUUGUCACUGCAGUGGCUCAGGUCACUGCUGUGGCAUGGGUUCAAUCCCUGGCCAGGGAACUUCUGCAUACUGCCAAAAAUAAAAUAAAAUGGUUAAACUUUGU